GCUGAGAAUGGCCAUUUGGAAGUCUUGAAGUAUGCCCAUGAAAAUGGUUGCACAUGGAAUGCAGAGGCAUGCCGGCUUGCUGCAAAGAAUGGCCAUUUGGGAAUCCUAAAGUAUGCCCAUGAAAAUGGAUGUCCUUGGGAUGCUAGCACAACCCGCAGUGCAGCCGAAAGUGGCCAUUUGGAAAUUCUGAGCUAUGCCCAUGAAAAUGGGUGUCCUUGGAACGCAGGCACAUGUAGCCAAGCUGCGGCGAAGGGCCAUUUGAAAAUCCUGAGAUAUGCCCAUGAACAUGGCUGUCCGUGGAACGAAGCGACCUGCCAAAUUGCAGCUGCACAAGGCCAUUUGGAAACACUGAAGUAUGCUCAUGACAAUGGCUGUCAAUGGGAUGGUCUAACCUGUAUUGAAGCUGCUGCAGAAGGCCAUUUGGAAAUAUUGAGGUAUGCCCAUGAACAUGGCUGUCCGUGGAACGAAGAGACCUGCCAAAUUGCAGCUGCACAAGGUCAUUUGGAAAUCUUGAAGUAUGCCCAUGAAAAUGGCUGUCCUUGGGAUGAGCACAUAUGCAUGGAUGCUGCUGAGAGAGGGCAUUUGGAAGUGCUGAAAUAUGCCAUGGAAAAUGGCUGCCCGUGGAAUGAAAAUGAAUUGUUGGAUGUAUGUGAUGAGCGGGUGAAAGGUUGGGUUCAAGACUUUCUCUCUCAGAGGAACGGCUAA